AUGCCGUGGACUCCGAUCCGCCUUCAAGGCCGCGUUCAAUUCCUGGAGAUCGCUUCAGACGAGGACGACAACCUGUCCCAAGAUGCUGCGGAGGUCGAAAUGUCCUUCGGCGAAAGCAAGAAGAAGAAGAAGAAGAAGAAGAAGAAGAAGAAGACGCUUUUAUCGAGAUGUCGACGAGGGGCUCAAAUGGCCUCCCAGAACGCUUCCUUCCUGCGGACUUCGAACGUGAUGGUACCCCGAGCUUUCUUGUUAUAUCUGCUGUCCAUGCGGGCUUUCUCUGACCCACACACAAUCUGGACUCUGGCCGGAGGUGCAUUACGAAUUGCGCAUGGAUAUAGACUCACGAUCUUUGAAACUGAGAUGCGCUGUAUAAUAUGGUCUCAGCUGAUCAUCGUAGCCUCCACAUCUGCUCAAUUCUGCGAGGUUGCCUCUACCCCUAUGCUGGUGACCGCAGCUACCCAGCCACAAAUGAAAGCUAACGAUAGUGUGCCCCCGUCGGCUCCCUAG